AUGCCCUCCACACACCAGAACCUCGCACGCCAGGUCCGCUUUGACGACGGCACGCGUCCUUUCAAAGUGCAGCCCACGCCAAAGUCAGCCAAGCCGCGGGCUUCAAACACCGGUCUCCCGAGAUCGCCAGCCAUGUUCGACCUGGCUGCAGUUCUCUCAGAGCCGGCAUCAGACUGCGACUCGGCAUCCAAGUGCAGCACACCACGCGAGUAUGUUCCGCGCGACCCUCGCGUGGGCCAGAAGCCCCGGCCCACUGCGCUUCUCACGCCGCCGCCAUCGCCAUGA